GGAAUCGUACAGUUUUUCCACAUUGUCCGACUAUCGAUUUUUCGCGGCAACAAACACUCGGACAGCGUGCAUGUUUAAAAGGCAUUCUAAAUUAUGUAGAAUAACUCAAUAUUUUUCAUAAUCAGUAUACAAUCGCACGUUCCGAGGGCGACACUCCUAACGGGUCGAAAAACAUGGAAAGGUUCGCGACCUUUUCAAAACAGAACGAGGAGAACGUGUUCAAGUUGUGCGAAGACGUGACCAGGAGGUAUCCCGGAGAAAUACAGAAUUGUUCAGUUGUUUUCGUGUCGAAUGCGAGGAGGAAGGUUCCGUUGUGGAAGCAGAGGGCUGGGAAGGAUGAGGAUAAGCUAGUUAUCUGGGACUACCACGUGAUAUUUCUUUACCAUCCAGAGCCUCAGAGAUGUUUGGUCUAUGAUCUAGAUUCCGACCUACCAUUUCCGACCUAUGUGCACAAGUACAUCACAGAAACAUUCCGUACCGACCAUAUAUUGAAAUCUGAUUAUUUCAGAUUUUUCAGAGUAGUUCCAGCCAAAGAAUUCCUGAAUGAUUUUUCAUCUGACAGGAGGCACAUGAAGAGACCUGACGGUACCUGGAUUAAGCCGCCACCAAGUUAUUCGCCAAUCACGAAUUCAAAUAACCCACAUAAUUUAGAAGAUUUCAUUCAAAUGGAUCCAGCUAAGGGACCAGGCGAGGUCCUCAGCUUGACUCAAUUCGUUCAAAGGUUCUACAAACCUGCUACAUAAAUUAUGGAAGCAAAGACCCUCAAGAGGAACCAAGUCAAUUGGAUAAAUACGCUUAGUCUUUGCGUACAUCAUAUGCCUACGUUUCUGACCAUUGCUCUCUGAAAGCUUGGUAUGCAACGAUAAAAAUAUUUUCAAUGUUGUCCACCUAUUCCGGAUUUGUUGUCACUUCUUCGUGUGAUGGUAUUUUGCAAGGGUUGGAUCUGGUUGGGGAUUCAACUGUGAAUGAUUAUUGUCGUGUGUUCUUUGUACUGAUUCGUCACAUGCUCUGAAGUGUACUUUAUUCACUAAAAACUUACCUUAAUUUUCACUCUGAGCUGAUAAACUCAAAACAAGUACAAUACACAACCUAAAUAAUCACUGAUGAAGUUGUUGCGAUGUAUUGGCAAAUUUUUCUUGAAGUUUGAUCGAGUAUGGUGAAAAAUACCUCAGCUAUAAUUUUAAAUGCACUCCUCUAUCCUCCUCAAGUAAAAAAAGUCAAGUCCUUUUGAGUAAAGCUUGCAAGUUCUUGUUGCACAUAAUAAUCUUGUAACAGUAUUCAAAAAAAUUACAACUCUUUAAAUUUUACAGUAAUAGAGUUAAUGGAUUAUAUAAAUAUAUAUAAAAUCAAUGUUGAAUUUGAAUACAUUAUACUUAUAUCUUUGAAUAAUAAUAAUGUCUAUUCAAUGACCAUUUGAUUUAAAUGUGAUAUUUUCUUUAGUGUCAUUCAAAUAAUUCGAAUGAAGAAAUAAUUAUAUUGCAGUAUGUUACCUAGAUUGUUUUUAUACAAUUUUAAAUAUCAGUUAUCUAUUGUUUGAUAGUUUUUGGAUGUCAACGAUUAAUAAAUUAUAUGCGUGUAUAUUAUUGUGAUAAACUGAAUUUUCUAUCUAUUUAUCUACUUUAGAAACCAAGUCAUGGACCAACAAUACAGCUUGGUGAAUAUGUCGAGACCAUAAUUAAAGAAUUCUUCUAAGUAUAUUCUUUGUAUUUAUUACUUAGACUCCAAUGAAAUGAUUCUUAUAAAAAAUUUUCAACAAAUCCUGUGUUUCCAUCUCAUUAAAUAAAGUAAAGUUGAAGAGACCAAAAUCGAUCUCUGUAAAAGAAAGCUGUUUAACUUAUUAUGCUUCCCCUGUCUUAAACAAUAUUGCCUUGAAAUGUACUUUGCUAAAUUUGGGGGAGUAAAUAUGUAUAAGGGUAUAAAUAAGCAUGAAAAUUGUUCUCGUAUUAUAAACCUCGUUGGCCUAAAACAUUCUAUGUAAAAUUAUAUAACUUGAAGAUUACAUUUGUUACUUCCAUUCUUAUACCAGAAUGGUCCAUGUAUGGUUAAGAAAAAUUUCAAGAAGUACUUUUUCGCAAGUUGUUUUCCAGAUGUCAAUAAAGAUAUAUUUGCUCUUA